CCCAUUGGUGAAUGAACAGUCAUUAAUUAUACCCGUGGUACAUUUCUCCAAUUACAAAUGAACGCAUGGGUAUAUAAGUAAAAUGAUAAAUGAAUGUAGUACAUUUCGAAUCAAAGUAUUCUAAACAUUUCAUAAGGAACUAAACUGGAUAUUUCCACAUUUGACUUUUUUGUUUAACAACUUUAUAUUUCACAUUUCUGACAACAAAUAAUCCAGAUUAAGUUUGUAAAUACAGGUGACCAUGAUGAAGAUAGUAUUAUUAUUAGCUUUAACUGUAGCUGUAUAUUCCUUUCCUAAGGAAAGAUCGUUGCCAUCACUGAUCAAAUCAAUUUCAAAGAGAUCUCUUCACUCACAUAGUUUAUUCAAACGAUCGGCGUCGAUUGAUAUUUUUGACAAAUUUGAUACAAACCAUGACGGUUUCUUAACUGGUGAAGAAAUGGCCACUUUAUUUUAUGUGUAUGGAUUUCCAGCACCUGAAGCCGAACUUUUUGGAUUUAAUCAAGUUGAGAUGUUUGAUUUAGAUGGCGAUCAGCUGUUGAGUAGAUGGGAAUUUACAAGAAAUGAGGAAGAAACAGUAAAGCCGUUUUUCUUCUGAUCUAAUCAUGGUUUUAAAUACGUGAAUGCAACAAGAUUAAUGUGUUCCUCUCUUUGAAAAUUUGAAGACUGAAUAGAUGGUAUCGGACGUGAUGGCAUGAAUGAAUGUGACUGUUUCCGAGAAUGUUGUAUCCUGUGUUGUUAACAUCUCAUUGUUCUAUUUAUUUUGUACAGUUUUAAGCAGAUAUACAUACUUGUAACUGCAGUCUGCAGUUACUUACAACUGUCGUCUGCAGUUACAUAUAACUGUCGUCUGCUAUAGUUUAUUGGAUCGUUACGGACGUUCACUUUUUCCAACUGGUAAAACAUGCGCUUUGUAUAGUGACGAAAAGACAUGGUGGCUAUUUCAGACUGAAAGAAUCUCGCCUUUUUAUUUCGCUUUUAGCAAUGCGUUUUUUCAUUGCUCGUGAAUGAUACAUAUGUUAUUUCUAAUUGCUCGGGAAAAAGACAUAUGUUAUAUUUAUGCUCGGGAAUGAGACAUAUGUUAUAUUUAUGAACAGUUGUGUUCUUGUUGUUAUAACAAGAAAUUUGCAUUCCAUCCAUUUUCAUUUAUUGAAUA